GUACUCAGCCGGCUUGGGGAAAAACACACCACUCACCCUUCAAAUGCAUCUCCAGAACCGCAGUCCCCUCUCUUACUCCUCCUCUUCAUGAUAUUCACGGACCUGUAGUGCCUAAUUUUUUGCUCAAUUUACGCGAAUUAUUUGCCCCAAAAUUAAGGUCGACCAACCCAAUUUGAAGAAUGCCACGAAUAGUGAAAGUUGCGGUCGUUGGCAGCGGUCUUGCAGGUCUCACCGCUGCAUACAGACUGAGCAAGUCUGCAUAUCGAGGAAAUGUCGAAUUUGAGGUGCAUCUUUUUGAAAAGACGUCAUCAUUAGGAAUGGACUCACAUUCCGUGUCAUUAGACCUACCUGGCUAUGAUGGAGAAUACAGAGUUGACGUUCCCAUGCGUUCGUUCCAAGGAGGUUAUUACCCUCAGCUCAUAGCAUUGUACAAACACCUUGGCGUGCAAUUUCGUACAGCCGACUUCUCAUAUUCGUUCUCCACAUUGUAUUCAUCAGGGCCGCGCCCUCGAGGAGAUAGUAUGGAGACAACCAUGAUUUACAACGGCGCGUCUGGCCGAGACGGCGUCGGUAUCCCAUCCUCAUUAUUCCCAUCCAAGGAACUCAAGGCAGAAGGAAUCCUUAUCGAGUUCUUAGCAACAGCGCGUGGAUAUCUACUCUAUUUCUUCUCCACAGUCAUCCUACUCCUAUUCUACCUCCGCAUCCUUCUUUUCUCUCUCCCACUUCGCGUCAAUAUCCCCCCUACCACUGAACUACCCAUAUUCCGCAUUCGUAUCAGCCUCCCACAAACAUCCGUAGUUCGUCUCCUCGCGAAAACCACAAUCCGACCGGCACCUAACACGACGCUCCACUCAUGGAUGCAGUACACUACUCCCACCUCCCCUCUCGCCCAACUAUUAGGUCUAGAUCGUCAAUGGCGAAUAUUCAUCAUCAAUGUGAUCGUCCCGUUGUUCUCUGCUGUCUGUACAGCGAGUGAAGAACAUAUCUGGAAUAUGCCCGUUGAGGAGAUAUUGGAUUACGUGUGGUUAACGUUCGGGACACAUCAUUAUCUGGUUAUCAAUGGUGUAAGGGACGUCGCGAGGCGGAUGGUGGCUUAUUUACCCCAGGAGAACAUUCAUCUCUCGUCACCUAUCCUUUCGUUGACGCGUUCUGACACGGAGGACGAGUCGGUAGACGUGAGGUGUACGAAUGGAAAAGUCUACACCGGCUUUUCGCACGUCAUCUUCGCAACCCAAGCCAAUCACGCAACGGCUCUUUUGGAGACCUACCUCGACUCUUGCCCAAAUUCCCCGCCUCUUGACUCUCACAGAAAAGCUGUCCAAGAUCAAAUCGACUGUUUAUCUCAAUUCACGUAUUGCAAGACUAUCGUGAUCAAUCAUACAGACAACUCCUUGCUUCCUCCGAACCCAAACGACAGACGUGACUUGAACCUUGUUCGAAUGAUCGUUGAACCUAUCUGCACUCUUGGAACUUCAGAUUCCAUCCCUGCACCCCUAUCGUCCUCACCCACCCCAUUACCGUCAGACAAGACCUCUGACUCGGAAGAGCUUGGUGAUUUAUGUCUACCUCCGACGUACACAAUGGCUACACAUAUCCUACCUCCUCCCCAUACGAAACAACCCCAAUCAAAAUCAAGUUCGUCGAAUCCUAAGCUUCCUAUUCUUCCAACACAAACACGCGUAUACCAAACGACAAACCCCAUUAUACCUCCUCAACCAGAAACGAUAUUGAGUGUAGCCAAGAUGGAAAGAGCGAUUGUUAAUGUGAAGGGUAAAUCCGCUCUUCGAAGCUUAUGGCAAGAAUCUUGGGACUCCUCUCCUUCUAAUCACACAAUAAGUGGUAAAACAUGGAAAUGGGGAUGUGCAGGUCAGGAUGGGGGUUUACUUGGUCCUUUGCAAGGUGCUGGUCGACUAACCUCAGAUGGAGGAGGAAGAUCAGAGAAUGAGAAAAAGGUUCCUGGACUUUGGAUAUGUGGCUCGUAUGCGCAUUGUGGGAUACCUCUGUUGGAGGGAUGCGUUGUGAGUGGACGAAACGUCGUUGAGCAGGGUGUGUGGGUGAGUGAAGGCGUGGGGGUUGUACGUGGUGAGGAGAGGUUAUGGUAGGACUAAUACAUUUGUCAGUGAUUAAGUUGGAUCUGUGCACGGAAUAUGUACAGGGAUAGUUACUUGGUCAUACGUAGAUGUUUCGAUGUGGAGUAAUUGCUUUUGAGGGAACCUGCUUUUCUGAUGGGUCGUGCAUAUCGUUUAAAGUUUCUAUUACAUGAUAUGAAAGAUGGUAUGCGACAACGUUUGGAGUGGAGUACGCGAAUGUAGUCCAAAGUAGACAAGUCCAUCUAGUAUUUCACGAUAGUAUUUCAC